AUGUCUUCGGGCCAAAUAUAUCUACUACCUUCGUCACAUGCGGAUAAUGGUCCAAAUCAUUGCAUGAGCUAUAAAGAUUCCUUGAGUUUAAUCGUUGGAAAUGCUAUUUCAAUAUUAAUAAUUGGACCUUUAUUCCUCCAAAAAUGUGAACACUUUCUCCGUAAAUCAUGGCAAGACGUCGCUCAAGCUAGUGUCGAGUUUAAAGCAUAUAUGACAGAGAUGGUACAAGAAGAAAGAGAACUCGUCGCUGCAGGCAAACAGUCAAAACCCAAUUUGAUGACUUCCCUCGUCGGUGCCUCACAGCCCAAUCUCGAUUUUAAAACAGAUGACUCCAAUCUCAGACGGAAGCAAUAUGCUUUAACGGAAGAGGAGAUAUCCGGAAAUAUGUUCCUAUUUAACUUAGCUGGACACGAUACAAUCUCCCAUACGAUCUGUUGGGCCAUCAAUCUACUUGCUGCCCACCCAGAUGUGCAAGAAUGGCUCUCUGAAGAAAUCAAUUCAGUGUUCUUGGAUCCAGAUUCUGCUAUAUGGAAUUAUGAGGAAUCGUUUCCUAGAUUAAAUCGAUGUAUGGUUACUACAUCCAGAUUCUUUAUAUUAAAAUUUCGAUAA